UUUCUGAGAAAACGAAACUGAUCUGAGUCUCUGUGUCGUCUGUCUGUGUGAGAGUGAACAACCGUCCAAAUGGCUCAGCAGGGAGUUCUGCUGGAACAGGACCAGUUCUGUUGUUCUGUCUGUCUGGAUCUACUGAAGGAGCCGGUCACUACUGCCUGCGGACACAAUUACUGUAGGAGCUGUAUUGAGGGCUGCUGGGAUCAGGAUGUUUUGAAAGGGGUCUAUAGCUGUCCUCAGUGCAGAGAGACCUUCACUCCAAGGCCUAAUCUGAGGAAAAAUAACAUGUUGGCUGAGAUGGUGGAGAAAAUGAAGAAGACAGGUCUCCAGGCUGCUCCCCCUCCUGCUCUGUGCUAUGCUGGACCUGGAGAUGUGGCGUGUGAUUUCUGCACUGGGACCAGAAAGCAGAAAGCCUUCAUGUCCUGUCUGGUGUGUCUGGCCUCUUACUGUGAGACUCACCUCCAAUCGCACUAUGAAUCUCCUGCUUUCAAGAAGCACAAGCUGGUCAAAGCCACCGCACAACUACAGGAGAAGAUCUGCUCUCAUCAUGACAAACUUCUGGAGGUUUACUGUCGUACAGAUCAGCAGUGUAUCUGUUAUCUGUGUACAAUGGAUGAACAUAAAGGCCAUGAUACAGUGUCAGCUGCAGCAGAGAGGACUGAGAAACAGAGACAGCUGGGGAUGAGUCAGCAGAAGGUCCAGCAGAGAUUCCAGGAGAGAGAGAAGGAGCUGAAGGAGCUCCAACAGGCUGUGGAGUCUCUCAAGCGCUCUGCACAGGCAGCAGUGGAGGACAGUGAUCAGAUCUUUACUGAGCUGAUCCGCUCCAUUGAGAGAAGGCGCUCUGAGGUGAAGGAGCUGAUCAGAGCCCGAGAGAAGACUCAAGUGAGUCAAGCUGAAGGACUCCUGGAGCAACUGAAGCAGGAGAUAGCUGAGCUGAGGAAGAGAAGCACUGAGCUGGAGCAGCUCUCACACACAGAGGAUCACAUCCAUUUCCUCCAGAGAUAUCAGUCUCUCUCCAGUAUCAGUGUAUCUUCAGACUUACCCAGCAUUGUUGUCCGUCCUCUUCAGUACUUUGAAGAUGUGAGUAAGACUGUGUCUGAGCUGAGAGAGAAACUAGAAGACUUCCUUAAAGGAGAAUGGACCAAGAUCUCCACCACAGUGAAUAUAGUGGAUGUUGUACUGCCUCCAGAGCCCAAGACCAGAGAACAGUUGUUACAAUAUUCCUGUCAGUUCACACUGGACCCAAACACAACACACACAUGCCUCUCUCUGUCUGAAGGGAACAGAAAGGUGACUUAUACAAACCAAGUCCAACCAUAUCCUGAUCAUCCAGACAGAUUCACCAACCACUACCAGGUUCUAUGUAGAGAGGGUCUGUCUGGACGCUGUUACUGGGAGGUGGAGUGGAGUGGAAGGGGUGUUAUUACUGCAGUCUCAUAUAAAGACAUCAGCAGAACAGUGAGAGGUAAUAUAUUUGGAGACAAUGACAAGUCCUGGAGUUUACAGUGCUUUAGUGAUGAUUAUUGUUUCAUACACAAUAAUGUUGAGACUAAAGUAUCAGGCCCUCAGUCCUCCAGAGUAGGAGUGUACCUGGAUCACAAGGCAGGUACUCUGUCCUUCUACAGUGUCUCUGACACAAUGACCCUCCUCCACAGAGUCCAGACCACAUUCACUCAGUCCCUCUAUCCUGGGUUUUAUGUCUAUGGUACUGCUGAGCUGGUUAAACUGUAGUAAGGUCCACAUAGAUACUAGUCAUGCUGGUGUAAUCUAUAGCUGAGCUGGUUAAACUGUAGUAGGGUCCACAUAGAUACUAGUCAUGCUGGUGUAGUCUAUAGCUGAGCUGGUUAAACUGUAGUAGGGUCCACAUAGAUACUAGUCAUGCUGGUGUAGUCUAUAGCUGAGCUGGUUAAACUGUAGUAGGGUCCACAUAGAUACUAGUCAUGCUGGUGUGGUCUAUAGCUGAGCUGGUUAAACUGUAGUAGGGUCCACAUAGAUACUAGUCAUGCUGGUGUAGUCUAUAGCUGAGCUGGUUAAACUGUAGUAGGGUCCACAUAGAUACUAGUCAUGCUGGUGUGGUCUAUAGCUGAGCUGGUUAAACUGUAGUAGGGUCCACAUAGAUACUAGUCAUGCUGGUGUGGUCUAUAGCUGAGCUGGUUAAACUGUAGCAGGGUCCACAUAGAUACUAGUCAUGCUGGUGUAGUCUAUAGCUGAGCUGGUUAAACUGUAGUAGGGUCCACAUAGAUACUAGUCAUGCAGGUGUAGUCUAUAGCUGAGCUGGUUUAACUGUAGUAGGGUCCAUAUAGAUACUAGUCAUGCUGGUGGUGAUGGUCCCCAGAUGUGAUGAUUCAUUCUGUUCUGUUUUAUGUACAAUGAUUUAACUGAUUUGAUCUUCAGAUGUUCUGAAUUAAAAUUCAAUACUUUCACUUUGAUUGAUUUGAAUUUUAAGAGAUUUAAGGUGCUUAUAUAUAAUAAAAUAAAAAAUGAAUCUUGUAUAUUUCCAUGAAUCAUGAUGUAUGGUGUUGAUGUACAUUGGUUGGCAUUCAGAACCAUUGAUAUGUUUUCUCAAUUGUUUCUCUGUAAUUUUCCUCAGUGGCAUGAAACAGGUAGUAUUUCUUACUUGCUAACUUAACUAUAUGGGCCGGUUUCCAGGACACACAUUAUGCCUAGUCCUAGACUAAACAGCAAGUUCAUUAGAGAUUAUAAGUGGAGAUACCUGAUAAACAGGUGGUGAUAUUGACCAAACAAUUAAACCAGCAGAUAUCUUGACUUGCCACUCAGUAUAUCAGUAAUGUUCAGAAUAGUAUUUUAAUAUCAUUGGAAAUUGAUGGUCUUUUUAAUCCACUAUCCAGAGUCAGGAACAGAUGAAGUUAGGUCUCCUACUGUUCAGUGAUUAAAUAUGAUUUAUGGUGAUGGGAAAUAAAAAAUACAACACUAAA